AUGUUGGAAGAAAUCAUCAACGGCAUCCAGAAAUUUAUUCUGGACUACCAGACUGCAAGCAUGACUAGCGACGCAGCAAGACCGAUCGUAGCACAACUUGAAGAGCGUAAAAAUAAAUUAAACGAAUAUUGGUCGGAUCACAAUGACGUACAAAUGCAAUUUGAGUCACUCGACAAAAAUGAAGCAAGUAAUUGUGACAAUUUUGAGGAAGCAUUUUUUUCGUUAUCCGGAAGAAUUCGGGAGCUCAUUAAACCCGCAUUACCGAACUUAACGGAAGGCUCACGGUCUUCAUCGCGCGCUUCUGGCAUGGUAAAUACUCAUUUCAAUGUUCGGUUGCCCAAACUAAAUUUGCCGACAUUUUCCGGAAAAUACGAUGAGUGGUUUCUCUUUCACGAUUCUUUCAAUUCUAUUAUACAUUCCAAUCGCACGCUAAAUAAUAUACAAAAACUACAAUAUUUGAAAUCUGCGCUAACCGGUGAUGCGAGCAGUGUCGUAGACUCUUUAGAAAUUAACGAUUUAAAUUAUGAUAUCACGUGGAAUCUUUUAAAGAAACGCUAUAAUAAUAAACGCGUUGUCGUACAAACUCAUGUAAAGACAAUCAUGGACUUGCCAUCCAUGCCUAAAGAAAAUUUAGUUGAUUUGCGACAUAUCGCUGACGGAGCGACUAAACACAUCAAAGCAUUAGAAGCGCUCGGGCGUCCUACUUCACAUUGGGACGACUUGAUCGUGCAUGUUUUAAGCUUCAAAUUAGAUACACUCACAAUGUGA